AUGGAACAUAGAAGAUUGCGCAAAGGGCCGCUGCCUGGAGGUCGUCAGGGCGCGUCUGGAGCUGGCGCUGGACGCGACAGCAUGCGAACCGCCAGCCGAGCGCGAGGUGCUGCACGACCACCCUGCAGCCCCUCGCAUCCAUCAUCCCCACCAGCUUGCUUGGUGUCGGCAGGGUCUUCGCAGGCCCAGCAAUCGGCACCCGCCACUGGUGGAGUACGCCGCAUGCGAUGGACCAUCAAUAUGAAUUCAAACGCAUUGCGGGCGUAUUUUAGGGCGAAAGGGGGAGAAAUUGGAGGUUUCGCGUAUCGGGCUAGGAUGCAUCGUCUUUUUACUGAGCUGGAGCCAUCUAUUACUGUCACCGAGCAAAACCUGGCAGACCGAGUUCGGUAUAUCUUACGCUCAAAUAUAUUUGAUGGCGCCGAACUCGAACGGCUACGACGUGAGGCUGUUCCCUCAUCAAAUGAAAACGCUACGACUGAGGGUGCGGUGCCACAAGUUGCAGAACAACCCGCACACGUGGAUGCCGCCGAGAAUACCCCAGUGGUUGCUGAUUCAAAUGAUGAUGGAACAUUCACCCAGGAACUAGAAAUAGAGCAAAUGAGGAGUACAUUGGAAGAGGCGAUUAUGGAAACGCGCAGUACGCCUCUCGAAAAUCGACCGCGACUUCCCCGCAUAGCCCUAAGCAAGCGGAAUCGGGCUGUCGUGAGGGCUCUGAACCCAAUGCUGGUGACCUAUUUGGAAGCCAGCCGGGACCUUUGCGAGACGGACUCAAUUCUCUUUGGCGCCGCACUGGCAGUCUGCCGUAUUAUAGGCGCCAAACUUUCCACGGCUGGACGCACUACUGGACAAAGUAGUGCUAUCCCAGCCUGGAGAACAAGAAUUGAAGAACGUAUCGCAAAGGCUAGGGCCCUCAUCGGCAGACUGAUAUGCUUCAGGUCAGGCAAUACCAGGCCAAGGAUUGUGCGCACCGUCAGGAUGGCGUUUGCUGGGACAAAUGUUAGUUUGUCCCAGCCGGAUAUAAUGCAAAAACUGACGGAGCGCAUAGACGACCUGAAGCAGAGAAUCGCUGCUUGGGGAAAGCGAAUUCGGCGAUAUACCGAGAGGUCGACACGGUUCAACCAGAAUCGUCUCUUCCAGAGUGAUCAGAAGAGGCUCUAUAAAUCAUUGGAGCGACCAAUGGUAAGUGGAACGGGCCCAGUACCGAAUCAGGCCGACACGGUCGCAUUCUGGCGCAGCCUGUGGUCAGAGCCCGUAAACCACAACGAGGGCCCUUGGACGGAAGUUGUGGCGAGUCAGUGUGCGGGUAUUACGCCCAUGGACCCCGUCACCAUAACGCCGGAUGACGUAGCUGAGGCGGUCCGUAGGGCCCCGAACUGGAAAAGUCCGGGACUCGACGGGCUGCAUCACUACUGGCUGAAGGGGGUCAUCACUUCAGCCGAGGCACCAAAAGGAGUGAUCUCCCUGUGGGCCAGUGGAGUGGAUACGGAGUAUAUUCUAUAA